AUGGCCACAAGAUUCAGUGAUGAUAAGGUCUGCCCCGUGGGGAACUCCAGGACGCUUUCUCGAGAGGAAGGGAUCUUUGAACCCAAUGGGGAAGUCAUCGUAGUAGGUGCAAAAGAGGUGCCACCAGCUUCCAUUUUUACUUCCUUUAGUACUGAGAAAGAGCCAAGCUCACUUCAAAGAGUUGACUUCAAAGCCCCUUUGGCUGAGAAUUGCUCGCCGCAGAAGCCUAUAGGAGUUGGCGUCAAUGGAAGACCUUGUAGUAAGGUUGCUGACCCUGGGGUUGGGCCAACCAGGGUGAGUAAGGAUGUGAAUGGGGAGGAAGGGACAGGCAGGGUCAAGGGACAGUUCAGAGGAAGAAGCAGUGGAGGAGAGUUUUUCCAAGGCAUUGCUCUUCCCUUCUUCUGUCUUCCCAAGGGUGUGUUUGUGCGUGACCUGAGCAGUUGGGAGCUCUUUGUGGCUGGUGUUGACACAUCGUUUCCCUGCCUUUGGGGCCCAGAGAGGAAGCUGAUGACUCCCUUUAGCCUAAGUGAGGAGAAGGCUGAGGCUUUAUAUGCAGCUUUAGCCUUCCUGACGACGUUGGGAAGUAGCUACUGUCCCUAUUUUAUAGAUCGGGAAGGAGAUUCCAGCUUUUUGUUCCUUCAGGUGAUUGAAACAUUUCUCAGAGAUACCUGCUUCCUUAGGAUUGCUACCGAGGCACGUCUAGUUAAGAAGGCACUUGAGGGGGCAAGUGUUGGCUGUUCGGUGCGAAGUUUGGAUUUGCUCUGCUUCGAUAAGAAGUCAACUGUCCGCAAGCUUAUUAGUUACACAUUAAGGGCACUGUUUCUCACCACUGAUGUUCUGAAGAUCCUUGAUGAAGUGUUCUUUGAUGAUGUGUCGGGACAAAUGGUGCAAACCUUUGACAGACGCACGGCCGUGCCUAGAGAGAGCCCAGCAUUAACUGCUGACCUCGCCAUCCCAAGUGAGCAGGUGUUGAAUGAGCUGAGCUCCCUCUCGCUCUUUCUUUCUCCCUGUGUCUGCAACUUGGCAGGCUGUCAGAAGCCACAGUACAAGAAGGGAAAUUUCUCUUUGGACAGCGAGGAACAAAUGGUGUGCGCAGGUGACGCUGUGUCCAUCAGUCCAACCAGUGUGGCCCCAGCAUGGACAAACACGGACUCAGCUGCUUCUAUGUACACGCACACAGAAGGUGAAGGUCAAGCUGGGGAUAACACCACAGGCUUUAGCCCAACAGCUUCAUACACAUCCUUCACCACUUCAGAAACAGUCAGUAAGACUUGGGCAGAUUCCACGGUCGCAAAUGAUGUGACAGAGCCGAGUCAAGUUUCUGAUCUUCGUGUUUCCUUCGUGGGUGUGACGCAAGUUGCUAUUACCUGGAAGAAUGGCAAUGACACUGCCACCUGCUGGAUGCUCUUUGAAGGCGUCGAAAGUUGUAAGGAGUUGCCUCAAGUCUUGGUGGUCAACAUAUCACACCUGACACCAGGGGUUCGACACAAGGUCACCCUGUGUCUUUCAGAAUCAAAUGAGGAAGGGAGAGAGUCCUCGGUUAUAGAUAGUGGCUUAGAUGCCAACGCCACGGAGAGCUUCUCCCAGCAACCCCGGAACCACACGGCCCCCGUGUCUGGAUACCAGCUCAAACGUGUGGACCUGUCUUCGGACCAUCUUCUGACUGGAGACACGGAAGUCCUGAUUACGGGGUUGGUGCCCGACACGGAGUACUGUGCCGCUAUCUAUUCUCAAGCAGCAGAUGGCACAGAAGGAGGGCCCCAGCGCAUAACGUUCAGGACGGUCGCCAGUCAAGUGUUUGACGUUGAAGUUGUGGACAUCAACGCAACAAACAUGACCCUGACCUGGAAAAUCAAUGAUAACGAGUCGUCCUCUGUCUAUACCUACAAGAUACAAGUCACUGGGGAGACGGAUUCCUUCACCCUCCAUGUCAAUGAGACUCAGGUCGUCAUUACUUCGCUCAACUCGAGUACCUUGUACAACAUCACGGUGCAUCCUUUCCUUGGCAACAGUUCCGAGGGCGUGCCGGGUUUUCUCCAAGUGUACACCCCCCCCCGUCCAGUUUCCGACUUUCGAGUGACGAGUGUCAGCACAAGGGAAAUUGGCUUAGCUUGGAGCAGCAAUGACGCAGAUUUCUUCAAGAUACUUACCACAGAGGAAGGAGCUGGAAAAUCUCCGCUGGAAACAGCCACCCAAAACCAAAGUAUUGUCAUUGGUGGCUUAUACCCUGGAACCAAGUAUCGUUUUGAAAUAUUUCCACAAGGACCAAAUGGGACUGAAGGGGAGUCCCAGACGGUUUACAAUAGAACUGAUCCCAGUGCCGUCUUUGACAUCCGCGUGUUCCACGUCACCACAACCGGGAUGGAGUUGGAGUGGCAGAGUACGGACAAUGCUUCCGAAUACACCUACCACCUAGUUAUACAGUCCGAGCGCGGCUCUGACAAGAUAAACACUUCUCGCAAAGAGAUCACUCUCAGGGGUUUGGUUCCAGGCACCUUAUAUAACAUCACGAUCUUUCCAGAGGUGAACCACAUCCAGGGGGAGCCCAGCUCCACGGCUCAGUACACAUGGCCCAGCAAUGUAGCCAACAUUGAAGUAAAUACCAGCACCACGGAAGCAACCGUAAAUUGGCAGAACUUUGAUGAAGCUUCUCCCAGGUAUACCUACCACCUUUAUAUCGGGAAGGAUGGAAAUUUCAGCCAAGCAACACGACUAGUCACAGACAUUGGCGUCACCUAUGCUACCGUCACUGAGUUAAUACCUGGCUCGUCAUACACAGUGGAGAUCUUCACCCAAGUGGGAAAUGUCACCACGCCACUGGCAUCUGGCAGGCAGUCAUUCUGUACAGAUCCUGCACCAGUAGCCUCCUUCCGCUGCGAGGUGGUCCCCAAAGAGCCAACCUUGAUUCUCAAGUGGGUCUGCCCUCCCGGCACCAACACAGGCUUCGGGCUGGAGAUCAGCAGAGGGGCUUGGAAAAAUGUGACAGACCUGGAGAGCUGCUCCUCGGAGAACGGCACAGAGUACUGGACGAAUGUCACAUAUUUGAAUUUUUCUACCUCCUACAACAUCAGCAUCACUGCCUUGUCCUGUAACAAGACGGCACCUCCCACCCAAAACACCUGCCUCACUGGCAUCACAGAUCCCCCUUCUCCAGACGGAUCCCCGAAUAUUACAUCCAUCAGUCACAAUUCGGUAAAAGUUGAGUUCAGUGGGUUUGAAGCCAGCCACGGACCCAUCAAAGCUUAUGCGCUCAUUCUCACCACUGGGGACGCUGUUCGCCCAUCUGCAGAUGUUUUGAGAUAUACAUAUGAAGAUUUCAAAAAGGGGGCCUCAAAUACUUAUGUGACAUACCUCAUAACAACAGAAGAAAAGAGACGUUCUCAGGACUUGUCUGAAGUCUUGAAAUACGAAAUUGACGUUGGGAACGAGUCGACCACGCACGGCUAUUACAACGGCAAGCUGGAACCCCUGGGCUCCUAUCGGGCUUGUGUGGCCGGCUUCACCAACAUCACCUUUAACCCUCACAAUGACGGACUCAUAGAUGGGCCCGAGAGCUAUGUGUCCUUCAGUCACUAUUCGGAUGCUGUUUUCUUGCCCCAGGAUCCAGGUAGAGAAAGAACAGCGACAUUCUCACAGUUGGAAGGACUCGUGUUACGAGUUCCCAUGUCCCCGUCACCCAGGCUCUUCACUAUCCGGCCAGUUGUACUUCGUCUCAGCCCCUAUGGCAUCAGAUACGUUGAAGGGGAAAAAACACAGAAUUACUUUCUUGGUCUAAUGGGUCUUUGUUUCUUUCAAAACAGGAAAGAAGCAAAGAAUAAUGAAGUAUCCUUUUCUCAAAUUAAACCUAAAAAAUCCAAGUUAAUCAAAGUGGAGAAUUUUGAAGCCUACUUUAAGAAACAACAAGCGGACUCCAACUGUGGGUUUGCAGAAGAAUAUGAAGAUCUGAAGCUUGUUGGAAUUAGUCUACCUAAAUAUACAGCGGAACUGGCUGAGAACAGAGGAAAGAAUCGCUAUAAUAACGUUCUGCCGUAUGAUAUUUCCCGUGUCAAGCUUUCUGUCCAGGCCCAUUCAACUGACGACUACAUCAAUGCCAACUACAUGCCUGGCUACCAUUCCAAGAAAGAAUUUAUUGCCACCCAAGGGCCUUUACCCAACACUCUGAAAGAUUUUUGGCGUAUGGUUUGGGAGAAAAAUGUAUAUGCCAUUGUUAUGUUGACCAAAUGUGUCGAACAGGGAAGGCUCCAGACAAGUGAGAGUCACCCUCUGCGACAGUUUCAUUUCACCUCCUGGCCGGACCACGGCGUUCCCGACACCACCGACCUGCUCAUCAAUUUUCGGUACCUUGUCCGUGACUACAUGAAGCAGAGUCCUCCUGAGUCUCCCAUUCUGGUGCAUUGCAGUGCUGGGGUUGGAAGGACAGGCACGUUCAUUGCCAUCGAUCGUCUUAUCUACCAGAUAGAGAACGAGAACACUGUGGAUGUGUAUGGGAUUGUGUAUGACCUUAGAAUGCACAGGCCUUUAAUGGUGCAAACAGAGGACCAGUAUGUUUUCCUCAACCAGUGUGUUUUGGAUAUCAUCAGAUCCCAGAAGGACUCAAAAGUAGAUCUCAUCUACCAGAACACAACUGCAAUGACAAUCUAUGAAAACCUUGCACCAGUGACUGCGUUUGGAAAGACAAAUGGUUACAUCGCCUAGUUCCAAAGUAAAACCUUUCUGGAGUGAACCGGACCGUCACACCCACAGCGAAGGAAAAUGCCCCGAUGUCGACAUGUUUUUAUAUGUCUAAUAUCUUAUUCUUUGUUCUGUUUUGUUAGAACUAAUUUGAGGGUGUGAAGCUGCACAUGUAGAACAUGACAAAUGAGAAGUUGGGGCUGUCAGGGGCUGUGGAUGGGUGUUGAGUUAAUCAACUACAUUCCUGAAUACCAAUGGGAUGAGUUCACUUUUUUUUUUUUUUCCUUGAGAAUUAUGGAACACCAGGAAAAGUGAGCUAUGACUUUUUUUUUCUUUUUCAAAACAGAUUCUUUUUAAAAAAGACUAUUUUAUAUGAUUCACAUGCUAAAGCCAGGAUUGUGUUGGGUUGAAUAUAUUUUAAGUAUCAGAGAUCUAUUUUUACCUACUGUAUCUUGGAAUCUAGCUGAUGGAAAAUACGUGAUUGUGGAUGAUUAUCAUGUCGGGAGGGGUACGUGGUACCUCUUCUGCCUGGGUUUUCUAUUUGAACAUGUGCCUUUUCUGAAUUAUGCUUCCACAGGCAAAACUCAGUAGAUAUCUCUAUUUUUGUAUCGAAUCUCAUAAUUGGAAUAUAAGGAAUAUUUAAACAGUAGUUUAGUAACUGAGGUUCAGCCUUCUCGGUAACAUUCCUGUUCUCAUUUGACUAGAGGAGGCCUCCCCGUCCCCCAUGUUUCGUGCUCUAUUCUUUUUUUCCCCUUUCUCUCCCGGUUUUCCCCAAAGACAUUUCUGUUGGCCACAUUUUCAGCCCAUUGGUUGAGUGAGAGUGGAAACCAAGUAUCACCUUGAGAAUUUCUGGGGGUGGGGGAAAGCAGAGGAACCCUACAGUGAUAUAAUCUCCUUCUUUUGUCCCUGUUUCAUCCUUUUUUCUCAUUUCUGUAUUUGGUAAGAAGGAUUAUUUAAAGGUGCAAUAUGUGACUUAGUGAUUCAUGAUGCUCUAGGUUUUUAGUAACGUUUUACUCAGGUUGGCAUUUUAUGUGCGUCUGUGUGUCCGUGUCUGUGUGUAUGUGUGUGUGUGUUUAAAAGCGUGGCAAUCUGUGAACACUUCAGUGUGAAAACAGUGUCUGAUUAAUCCCUCCUCCCUCAAAGUCCACUGGCUUUAGUCUAUCUGCAGUGACACAUAUCGGUAUCUACUGUAUAUAUAUAUACUAAACUCUUAAAACAGUCAUUCCUUUGAAUUGAGGUGUACAGAGUUUGAAUUUGUAUCAAAGAUGUAAUUAUUUUUAAAACCUCUUUUCACUAUACUGCUGCUGUAAUUACUUUUGAUUUUUUUAAUGUAGAUUAUUUUUUUUUUUUUUUUUGCUUCAGGUGUGUAUCCAAGAAUUUCAGAAUUUAUGAGGAUUUAUUUUAUUGGUACAUAAUCUGUAAACUUCUCAAGGCAUUAACAUGAAAGGGUUUGUUUCUUUUUAUUUUAUAUUGUGGCUCAGGUUAUAUUUUGAAGAGGUUUUGAAUUUAUCCUCCUAUAGGCAAUGAAGUAGAGAAGGUCUUAUGAAGGAAUUACCAAGUCCCUGGAUUCCUGUGGCUGUUUUCCACAGUAAUAAAUCCUGCUGUAAAUUC